UUCCAGCUGCGUCAAUUGUGCUUUUCAGAUACCAAUUAUCAUGGUUUCCUUGUGCACGGCCCUGCUUGGCGUCACCCAGAUCGUGGUUGCCCUCGAACGCCAGCUAGAGUACGCAGAACUUCCAGAUGAGGAGUACCCCGAUGUGCCAAAACACGGCAAACUCGUUCGUAGAGACGGCUCUGCCGAGGUCAAGACGUCCAUCCGUCCUGUGUGGCCAACUGAAGGGAGCAUCAGUUUCCAGGAUUUCUGCGCCUCGUACCAACCGUGCAAACUGGAUGACUGCCUCAGCCACAUAACCUUCACCGUCCUCCCGCGCGAAAAGGUGGGCAUUGUGGGUCGCACAGGUGCAGGCAAGUCCUCGCUGGUGCUGGCCCUGCUGCGUCUCAUCAGGGCUACCAGCGGUCGCAUUCUCGUCGACGGUGUUGACAUCGCGUCAGUACCAUUGUCCAGGCUUCGAACUGCCAUCACCGUCAUACCACAAGAUCCGUGCCUGGUGGACGGCACGCUACGCGCCAACCUGGACCCUCGCGAAAGCCACUCGGACGAGGAACUGCACCGAGUACUGCAGCAUACUCAUCUCGCAUCGUACGUGCAACGACAACCCGGUGGGCUUUGGCUACGCACGGGACCAGGCGGUGAGCACCUGAGGUACGUAUGCACCAACCACGUCCCGUCUGGUCGUGCCGCUACACUGUGGGGCACAGAGAUUAACGGCUACGUGGAUUUCCUGAAGAAUAAGGAAGCAGCACUAUCAGGGCUCGAUGACAUCAUUCUGGCGGCAACGGACGUAGAAGACAUAGACCAUGAAGUGGAAGCAGCAAACGAGCACAACGAAAAGAUUCUUUACGCGGUGUCACGGACCGAGUUCUGGCUACAGGAACGAGAGCUACAGUGUUUUCACGAACCUCAAACAAACACCAUGAUAUAUCAGUAUAGGACCAAGAUGUCUCCACAGGAAAGACGUGCCAUCAACCUAACCACGCAGUCUCUGGCAGCAGGAACUUGGAAGAGGCUGAGACGCCGGGCAAGCGGGUUGAUGCUCAUCACUGCCGUGAGUAUCGGCGUCAACGGCGCCAGCGUGUUGGUAACGCCGGACUUGAACAACUCGUCCCAGAGUCACGUUUCGGGCAACCACCACAACAUGCAUCCCGUCUUCGUAGUUCUGCACGGCGAGUACUUCAGCCUAACGCACGUCAAGAUUAGCCUCUGCCGCAUCAGCACUGGUUCCGGAGACGGCAAGGGGUGCGACAGCUGCGAAUCAACGGCCGUAGUGCGCAGGCACUCCCGGUUGCAAAGCAAGUGCACUUCAACACAUACUGCGCUCUCAAAAGCAGUGGUUAGACAGUUGUCACUUGUGGCCGCAAAUCAUAUCACCUUCGAACCACAUACUUGCUUCCAAGGCACCGUUUUUCGCGUGAGGCCAGACACAGCGAUUCGCCAGCAUCCCAGUGGAGUUAGAAACCACAAUCCAACCGUUCUCGUCGCUCGCCGUCUUCUCUGCGCCGUUCUUCUUCGCCACCAGGAAACUUACAUCCGCGGCCAAUGGAGUGUCGGCCAGAGGCAGCUGGUGUGUCUGGCACGCGCCUUGCUGCGGAGACCCAAGAUCCUGGUUCUGGAUGAGGCCACCUCGCAGAUGGAUGGCGAUACGGACAGGCUUAUCCAGGCGACGCUCAGGGAAAGCUUCGCCGCAAGCACCGUGCUUACGGUCGCACACAGGAUACACACAGUCCUCGACUACGACAAGUAAAUUCACCUGAUCUAUUCAUCAACUAUACCUGAAGACUACGUUUCCCCUCCGAGAUGCAGCAAUAACUUCCCAUUGGUGUAUGCAUGGGUGUCAAGGUCAUGUAUAUGGGAAUUCGAUUACACUACAGGGAUGAUUUCUACUUUACUACCACGUUCUUUAAUAUCAUUAUUGAUGCAAUUUGAUUCUUGCCAUUCAUAGGAUUCCGAUUACUGAAUUGGACAAGGAAAGCUGAACGCCAAGUGUGAAAGUCGGCGGAGAACAGCACUUUGCGAUAAGUAAUGGCGAGGAAACCUGGAGCCCUGUACAAAAAGAGUUCAACAUAAAUUGAGGACAACGCAAUCAGCAAUAAAAAGUAAAAUAUUAAAUGUCACCCUCAGAGACAGAGAGAGAACACAGUGGGUCAGAUAACAAACGGGCGUUGAGAAUAUCAUGAUUUAAAUUACAAAGAAAUGGACAUGGGCAGAGUACUGAGUGCAUAGGCAAUAUAACUACUGGUCAUUAGGUGUAACUUAGUGGGUUCCAAGGAAAGGCAAACGCAGGAAGGGGAGACAGAAAGUUAAGUGGGCCGAUGAGAUUAAAACGUUCGCAGGAUGAACGUGGCCGCAAAAAUCACAGGACCGGCUUGAUUGGCGGAACACAGGAUAGCACUUUGGCCUUCAUUGGGCUUAGUCAGGCUGAAGAUGACGGCGAUUUUCACGCA